CAAUUAUUUAUGUCCAUACAAAACGACAUGUGUUGUGGAUCAAAAGUUUUGGUUUAUCCAUUCAUAUCAUUUCCACACACUUCUUCUUUUCUUCUCCUUCACUCACCAAACUCCCAUCAUUUCAACAAUUUUCUAAACUUAAGGUAAUCCAUAACCUCCAAGAUUGCAUUUCAUUUCAUAAAAUGUGAUUAUUAUAUCCUCAUCACACUAAGUUAGUAGCACUAUUUUUUUUUUCUUCAACUUCUUAGUCGAUGGAAGCUUUAGAGAAAAAAUCUUCAUCUGGUUAUGGUAAGCCUCCAUGGAUAUUUAGAGGAAGUGCUUUGUAUCAACUCCAUCUUGUGAAAGCUGAGAAAGCAAGAGCAUGUAUACCAAAAGAAUUCAAAUUGGUUGAAGCUUUUGGAUACACUCUUGGUGGAUUUUUUCUAGCAAGUUACGAGGAUAGUCCUGUCGGUGUCUUUGAUGAGGUUAUGUUUUUUCAGUCUAUAGAUUUUUUGAAACAGUUUUCAGAUAAAAUAUAUUCUAAAAGAUUUUGUGAUGGGUUGCAGCUUGUUGUGAUUGCAGGACUUGUUUGGAACCGUCCAACAUCUUGCGCAUGGGCCACAAAAGUGUACGUCAACAGCAGUGAGGCUUGUUCUCACGGAAGAAAGGAUGUGGGACUUCCAAGUCAAGUGGCUACAUUUUCUAAGACAAUUACAGCAGUCUCAAGACAAUCCAAGAGCAGGAGUGGAUUUGGUUCUGCGUUGCGCAAUUCUAAUGAUCAACAAAAUGUUCAAAUAACCAAAAUCAAAUCUCUUGAUGCAGAAGAUACUUGUAAUACAAGUCUCACAAGUCCUGCAGUGUCUUCUUCGAAAUUUAACCGUUGGAUGGGACCAACAAUUAGAAUGUCACUUCCAAGUUUUAGUGGUGGGACUGAGUUUAAUCCUAACCUCCUUAAAUAUUCUUGCCAGAUUGAAUGCAGGGUGCAACCAGUGAAGCCUUUGAAGGUUUCAAGAGAAUUUUCUUUAACAAAUUUUGAUGAGAAAGAGCAACAAUCUUUACAAGACUAUGGAGGAGGAAGUAGCCAUUUGAGUAAAGAUAAUAAAAAUGAAAUACAGAAUUUAAGCACCUAUGUGAUGUUAUCAAAACCUAUAUUAGCACUUAGGUUUAAUCAAAUGAAAAUGCAGGUAGAAGCUCCUAUUGUACUUUACCAAUGCUCAAAUUCUUUAGAAACUAAUACUGUUAGCUCUCUUCCAUAAACUCUAGUUUUACAACAUUUGUUUAAGUUUUGAUGUGGUAAUUCUUCUUGCUUAUGAGUGUAAUUCUUCUUGUAUUAAUUUUGAAUAAAAGAAUUUAAAUAAGAUGUGUUCAGUUUAAGACCA